UUGUGGUGUCAGUGUUGUUGUAGCUAUAGGACCUACCUUGAAGUUCAGGGACUUUUUAUAUAAACGCCGGGGCCAAAGCCGCACAGACUCGUGCACAGACCCAGACAGUCAGACACCCAACCAGUCCGUCAGUCAGUCAGUUAGUCAGUCAGUCCAGAAACCCGCCGGUCUGCGCAUCAGGCUGCCCUUCACCUGAGAGAGGGACACUAGACUUUCCCUACACGAUGGAUUCCUGGACCGUCACAUCUGCGCUUCUUCUCGCUGGUUUUAUUUCUUCAGCAGCUUUUAGUCAUUUUGACACCGAGUGUUACACUGCCAACGGUGAGGACUACAGGGGCUUCCAGAACCAGACCAACCUGCAUGGUGGCAAACCCUGCCUCUUCUGGAAUGAGACUUUCCAUCAUCCUUAUAACACACUAAAAUAUCCAAAUGGAGAAGGAGGUCUAGGAAGCCACAACUACUGCAGGAACCCUGAUGGGGACGUUCAGCCGUGGUGCUACAUUGCUGAUCAUGAAGACGGAAUCUACUGGAAAUACUGCGACAUCCCUUCAUGCCAGAUGCCAGGGACCCUGGGCUGCUUCAGAGACAGUGGUGACCCCCCAACACUUUCUGGUCCCAGCGAGACCUCCAACAAGCUAACGAUUCAGAAUUGUAUCAGCUUCUGUAGAAAGCAGAGAUACAAGCUUGCCGGUAUGGAGUCAGGAUAUGCCUGUUUCUGUGGCAACGAAGUGGACCUGCAAGACCGCGAGGAGUCGCCUAGCAUGGAGUGUAACCAUGCUUGCUUCGGUGACCAGGCGCAGCCCUGUGGAGGAGACGGCUGGGUCAUCGUGUUCGACACCCGAGUGGGGGCCUGUGGGGGGAACUACACCGAUCCAUCUGGAGUCAUCUACUCCCCUGAUUUCCCCGACAAAUAUGGGGCCAGCCGUGUCUGCUACUGGACCAUCCAGGUUCCCGGAUCCUCAGCCAUCGUCUUCAACUUCACCUUCUUUGACAUCUCCGACCAGACCGACAUGGUGGAGCUACUAGAUGGUUACACCAACCAAGUGGUGGCCCGCUUCGACUGGCGCAGCCCCCCACGGGAGCUGGUGAACAUCACAGGAGACUUUGUCAUUCUGUACUUCUACUCAGACCGCACAAACCAGGCCCAGGGCUUUGCUCUUCUCUACCAAGCAGCUCUUAGAAGCCAAGCUGGCACAACAGUGGAUGCUAAAAGUGACAAUCAGGAAGAAAGAGAGGACGUCAUGAGCACAGCGAGGCCACAGCUGGCCAGCGGUGUCACUGAGAGAUCCAACAGCACAUCUAAUGGCCGUUCCUCGCAGAUACUCUAUGUGAUCACAUCCAGCCCUGGUAAACCGGAGCACAACAUGCCAGUGUGGACCAUUUACGCUCUGGCUGCUCUCCUAAUACUGACUGUCAUAGCCAUGCUGGCAAAGUUGCUCCUGCACAUCACAGUAAAGUCCCCGAGCAUCCCGACUGUCAGUGGUUCAGACAGCUGCAGCCAGAGCACAGUGUCCUCUGAGCCGUGGAUCAUCCUCUACAGACCCUCCACGAUCUCCCUCUUCAAGAAAAAGCUUAAGAACCACCACGGUGACCUCAGCCCCCUAGUGGGCAACUACUCUCUCAGAAAAAAGAGUAGCCAAUUAUGCCUUUAGGGGUACAAGGGCUUAUUAUGGGGGUGGUACCUUCAAAGUUUGUGCUUUUGUACCCUCAACAGCGGGUACUUGUUUGUACCCUUAUCGUUUGUACUUUAUGGAGACCAGUGUAGAACCUCUGGUGGCAGCCUUGUACCUUUAUUUAAAAGGUACCCUUACAAAGGGUACAGAAUUGGCUUUUAGAAGGUACAGAAUAUAUAGUGUACAGAGAUUAUAUAUCUAUUCACACACAUUCAUACACACAUACACACUCAGGACAAAUAUAAGCAUCAAAAAGACUUUUUUUCAUUUACUUACAUAUAUUUUAUAUUUUUCACAUUUUAUUUUCAUGGCAUUUUUAGUAAAGUUGACUUUGACUUUGACUUAGACUUCGCCUGACCCCUAAUAUUAAACUGUGACCUGAACUAUUACCUACUGAGUGUCAUUUUCCUGACAGUUCAUCUCAUCUCCUGUUUUAAGAAAGUCCAUUCUGCACCCAAUUUGAGGCUGUGUGCAUUAAAGUGUCACAUGACAAAGAAACAAAUAUUUUACCACAGAGGAUCCACAUGUUGCCAAUGUGUAAAAUGUAAAUUGUUCUCCUUUUUUUGUUUGUUUUUUUUUCUUGCCAUAAUAGUUUAGUUGUCUCUGAAUGCAAUCCAGUCACUAAAGAUGCAUCUCUGACAGCAUAAUUGAAUUGUUGGCUAUUCAAACUUCAGACUUUGUAAAAUCUGCAUCAUAUAGAUUGUGAUCAUGAGCAUGGAUAAGUUCAAUGUUCUGAAUUAGUUUCAUCAAGGUGAAACUUUCCCUGAAGCAUAUCACUGGUGUGAUGGUGCAGCCCAUCUCAGUGCCAUAAACUUUCACAAUGUUUGGAGCUCUCCUGAUGAAGGUCUUUUUCAGCCUUUAUCAGUCAGCUGAAUAUUUUGAGGUUUCAGGAUUUCACUAUUUUAAAUCAAUAAGGGAAAAAGAAAGUCACUAAAUGAAGCAUUCUUACCAUGUGGAGAUAAAUACAGAGUGAAUAGACAUUAAAAGUGUGAAAGUAUACUUUUAAAACAUGUUUAUUUUUAUUCUCUUUUACAUUUCCUUUAAAAACUACUUCAGUCACUAGGUAUGUAAAAUUUGAAGAUUUACUUCAGAAAUAUAAAACGGUUAAGUCAAUACUUGCAGAAUAUAGAAUAUAUGAUGCUUUUUUAUCUGAAUUGGAAAAAUCAUGGUCUGCACACAUGAAUAAGCAAUAAGCGUGCCAAAGGGAGAAACAACACACUGUUUUAUAAACUGCUCCAUCUUUAUUUAAAUUGUUUCAAUGUUUUUGCCAUUGUAAGCAAGUGUGUAAAAGUAAGAUUCUCAUUGCACUUCUGGCUGAAGCAUGUAUACAGUCUCAGAGCAUCUAUCUGGUUGCAUCCUCUGUGUCCGUGUGAAGACUUCAAAUGAGUCUCAGUGGAUGGAUCACCCCUAAGAUCACUUGGUGCAUCAUGGAAGAAACAAAAACAAAGUCUGAGGGAAUAAUGUUCAUAAAAACACAAAUCUGUCUCAAGAAACGUACAGUAUUUACAGUGUUCUGUCAUUAAUGUGUAUUGAAUAUACAUUGCUUGACAGAGUUGACUUAACUGACCACAUGAUUAUAUAUAUAUGUAUAUAUAUAUAUAUAAACAGACCAAACAUUUGUUGUUAUUAAAAUUGACCUUACCAGCAACAAUGCACCUCUCAUUGUAGUUUCAGUGAUUUUUAAUGGACAUAUUGCCUGUUAUGAUAAUGAACAAUAUUUUAAUUUUAGUAAUUGUAUGUGACUGGUCUCAAGUAUUUUGUAUCGUAAACCAUGUCUAACACAAGACUUCAUAUUUAUGGGCAUUACCAGAGACAAAGACUAAAUAAAAAGAUAGUGCAGGCAGUAGUUACGCUGCAGUAGCUGCAACAUAAAGAUUGUAUGUGUUUAAAAUAAUUAAACCAAACACUGUGUCAUCUGCAACAUGAUCUAGAUUAAAAUUGUUUGAUUUUUUUAAAGUGGGAAAUACAGUUACUCAGUUCUAUAUUACUUGAUCCUCCGGUCACUUAUUUUAAACGACAAGCAUCAACUCUUGUUAGCUAGCAGCACCAUUUAAAUUUGAGAAUGGGAGAAAGGGGAGUUCAUUAAUGUGAGAUUAGCCAUUUGAUAUAAACAAAACAUCUUACAUUUCCAAAACUAAUCAAGUUUUAAAAAUAACUGUUCCUUAGAUAGUAGACUAAAACUAAUGGCAAGAUGCGAGAAGUAGAUGGUCUUUUUUUAAAAAAAAUCAUUGAGCAAUCAUUUGUUAAAAUCUACUUUGAAAGAAUUAGACUAUAAGACCUUUAAGACUAAAUCUGUUGUUGGUGUUUUGGGUUUGUUUUGGUUUGUCUUUUGGUUGUUUUUUGCUUUUGUUUUCUUGACACAAUUACUUUGAGGUACAGUAAUUAGUCUUAGAGGGUACACAUGUCCAGAUUGUACCGUAAGGAACGGAAAUGUACUUCUAUUUCUGAUGGUGUAGUGCUGUUGGCCUGCUUUACUGUUACAUGAAAGCUUUACUCCCAACAAUUACUCUGUUCAAGGGCCAUUUCAGUGGCUAAUGACAACUGACUCAAACAACUGACCUAAAACUGCCUUUAGGCCACAGUGACUAGACCCUCCCAUCGUGCUCAGCACCAAAGACGAAGGGUUAGGCUUGGACAGAAAAAGGGGAGAAGAUAGCAAAAGACUGGAUAGAUGGUGAUCUGCAGCUCUUAACAAACAUUACAAGGAUGCUUUUUACAUGCGAGGCCAUUUCCAUCACCCACAGCAGUCUCUACCAAUCCACAUACCUCCAGAAUCCCACCAGACUGCAGACUCACUGGUGAAAAUAUGAGACAGCCAAGUCCAGAAUAACCUUUAGCCAUCUUUAACUUUAACAUAUGGAUGAAAACUUGCAGCCAAAAGCCCGAAUCCCUCCCAUCCAAAGAUUUGUACAUGUAUGUAAUAUAAAUUGUGUAUGCAAAGUACAAAUGUUUCAGGUUUUUUUUUUGUUUUUUUUUUUUGUGUUUUAUCAUGACAAUGUAUUUUCUGAGGUGAGGGAUACAGAACGUGAAGACAUCACACCGAAGAUAGAUAUCACAGCACUUUGGGGAUGAGUCACUUUCCUCAAAAUGAAACAAUCAGAGGGAAAAGAGAACUUCCUCGCCCACUCACCGCUCAAGCAUUUGGGUGGAGAGGAGAAGUCUGCUUCAGUCAGGGGAGGGUGGGAAUGGGUGUAUGAGAAGGGUGGGGGGUGCAGACAAACUGCCAUUUAGGGAGGCUUGGGAGGAUCUGAGAGCUUUCUGGUCGGUUGUGGGUGGGAGUCUUUCCGGUUUGAUGGUGUUCAAGUGCCUUAAGGAUCUCCUCUUCCCUUGUUUCAGAUUCCUCACAUCUGUUUCUGUCAUAAAAUUGACUGGGGUUCAUCACAGACAUCAGCAUUAAGACAGACAUGAAGAGUUAGAUUUCUAAACAGAAUUUACACCAGUGACACGUAGAAAAUUAUGGCAGAUCUUCAACUCAAAUGAUUUUUUUAAGCAUAAUACGCUUCACUUAUACCACAUUUAUAUUACAUGACAGAAAUGUAAAGUAAAAACAACCAACAGGAAUACAACUCUCCAUUAUAUGUUAGUAAAAGCUUUAAAAUAUUUUCUUUUGUUGUUAUUUGUAUGAUUUUAUGUGUAGUCUUGGACAUUUACUGAACAUAUUGUUCACAUUAACCUUGUCUUUUGAUUACAGGAGGAGAAAGGGUUAAUAUUGUUGUAUAUUAUGUAAUUCUGUGUGGGAGUGAUGAUAUUUAUGACCGCUCUUUAAUUUUGUGCAUUAGCGAAGCGUUUAAGUGAUGCAUCUAAGUGCUUUUUUAACUUCCUCAUCAACUUACCUUAAAGGUGUAAUGCAUCUUCAGACCGCAGUGAAGUGUGUAAAGAUGCUGCAGACUCUCAAGUUUUUAUUUUUCACGCAGAUUUUUAGGACAAAAGGUUGAGCGCAAACAAUAUACCCAGACAGAGUUGUGGCCAAAAGCAGUCAUGGCACUGUCCACAACGUUUGCAGCUGUCACAGUUUUCUCUGCAGUGCUGUGACAUUUUAAAUACUUGUAAAAGGUCAGAAUCUACGAGUGUGCCAUCAGCAUAGCAAUUGGUUUCCUUUUGUGGGAUUGGAGACUUGAGGUGGUCUCUGCAGAUGAUCACCUUAGACAUUUUAUGCCCUUGCAGGGUAAUGAAAGAAGCUUAAAUGCACUUAAUGUCUCUUGGUACUUAUUCUCAUUUGCAUUCAGUUUCAGUGGAAUGAACUAAAAUCUACUCAUUAGUGACCUGAGCACUUGAAAAGAAAGGAUAUAUUGAAUCCAAAAAAUGUCUUUUUUUUAAGAAUCUGAUUUCUGAAUAUGAUUAGUCUUUGAUUCCUGAUCAAAAGUUUGUGAAAAUGUGACUUUGAGCUAAUUCUGUUCAUCUGUUCGAGCUGUAACUCAUAUUAAUUAUUGCAAGACAGGAGCGUAUGCCCUUGGGUCUGUGAUGUUCAGAGCAGACCAUGCAUGGAGAGGAGAGGGAGGAAGGAGAGCAUAGAUAGUAGAGGGAUGGGAAAUUAAUGUGCGUUCAAGUCAAACACAAGCUAACGAAAUCUGACAGUUAGAAUCUAACAAGGCCAUAUUUGUUUGGAUAGCCUGGUGAAUUAUGCAAACUCCCAUAUUCUGUCCUGUCCUCCAGUCAAUUGGAAAGUUCCACACUAUCUUCACAGCAGUGGAAACAGUCUUUUUUUCCAAAUUGUUGUGAAUGUCCUGAAGUGCUCGAUGACAUGAAAAUGACACCGGAAACCCUGUGGGAAAUCACCAUGAGUGGAGGGUCCAAAACUUGUAAAUUGCAAAAAUAGGAAAAAAUUUAAUUUAUACAGUAAAUUAUUCUUAUUUUGUAUGUGAAUGGGAUACAGUCUAUCUUUUGUAUAAGUGAAGUAUCUUUGUAGUUUUAUUUAAUGUGUCCUGCGAAAUAAACACUGUAUGCAUG